CUGUGAGUAGCCUACGCCUCAGCCGCAAGUAGAAGGACCAAAUUACAGACUCAUUUUCGCAUCACAACCACGCGCAACAUUUUGAGGAUUUUUUUAAUUCAACCUUUAAGACAACAAAGCAAAAUCUGAAACGAGCAGAGGGAUCCGAAUAAUGUCACCCAUACUGCUGAUGUUAUUGUUCCAUUGUAUCUCAGCAAAUAACGAGGUACAGAUCACAAAUGAUGUGGUAGGCCCAGGUCAGCCACUGAUGGAGCCACAGAUCGCCAUGUUCUGUGGACGGCCACUCUUACACAUGAACCAGGCAAAUGGUCAGUGGGUACCUGACCCUCAGGGUCGUCAAGAAUGCUUCACUGACUAUAGUCAGAUCCUGUCCUACUGCCAGGAGAUGUAUCCCAACUUGCAUAUUACGGAUGUGGAGGAGUCUUCUAUUCCAGUCACAAUUCCAUUCUGGUGCCAGAAAGGCUUGGGUCACUGCCAGACUCGUUCCAUCAUUGUCAUUCCUUAUCACUGUCGAGGGGGUGAAUAUGUGAGUGAGGCACUACUUGUUCCUGACCGCUGCCGCUUUCUGCACCAGGAGCAGAUAGACAUGUGCAAGAGCUACAUGCACUGGCACAAUGUUGCUAAGGAGACAUGCGCAGAAGAUCGUUUGGAGCUUCAUAGUUAUGGGAUGCUGAUUCCAUGCGGCAAUCAUUUCAGGGGGGUGGAAUUUGUUUGCUGCCCAGGCAGAGCAGGUCUCAGUGGACAAGAGCGAGGAAAUGGGGAUGGUGUGUUUAAACGCAUAGGCCUGACCCAUACCAGCCACAGCCCAACAAGCAUUCAUGAAAAUGAAAAAGAAGAGAAUGAAGAGUCUGAUGAUGGUCAGAAAGAACUAUGGAAGGAAGAGGAAGAGGCAGAUACUGUUGAAGAAAAUGUGGUUACAAUUUCCAAAGAGACCAUUGAAGAUGAAUACUCUGUUUCUGGUCCCAGUCAGGCCUCUGACUUCCUUGACAACUUUUACCCUGACAAGGGUUCUCAAGUCAGUGUCACACCACUUCCCCAAACACAAGAAAGUGUGGCACCUACUGUGCAAUCAGUGGAUGGAGUAGAUGUUUACUUUGAGGUGCCUGGAGAUGACAGUGAACAUGCCAAUUUUCUCUCUGCCAAAAUGGCUCUGGAGGAGCGGCGUAUGAAGAGUAUAAAUGAGAUAAUGAAGGAGUGGGCAGAUGCAGACAACCAAUCCAAACACUUGCCUAAGUCUGAACGUCAAGCUUUGAAUGAGCACUUCCAGUCUGUCCUGCAGACUUUAGAGGAGCAGGUGGCUGGGGAGCGGCAGAGGCUUGUUGAGACCCAUUUGGUUCGUGUUGUAGCCAGUCUCAACAACAAUCGGCGGUUGGCCCUCGAGACCUACGUUGCCACAGUGCAAAGUGAAAACCCUCAGCCAGAGAGCGUGCUACAAGCUCUGAAACAAUACAUGGCAGCAGAACAAAAAGAUCGGAAACAUACACUGAGGCACUACCAGCAUAUUGAAGUUGUUGAUCCACAGAGAGCAGAACAGAUGAAGUUCCAGGUCUACACCCACUUGCAUGUAAUUGAGGAGCGAGUUAACCAAAGCUUGGCUCUCCUUCACAAAGUUCCUGCUUUGGCCGAGGAGCUUCAUCAGGAAAUUGAAAAACUGGUAAAGAGUGAACAGGAAGACAUCAGCCAGCUUCUGACUGUUUCCUUUUCUGGAACCCGUACCACAGAGGAGAUGCUAACAGCUGAGACCGAAGAAGAAAAUUAUAAAGAGGAAGAACAUGUAUUUCAGAGCCGCCCAUAUCCCCCAAAAUUUGUUUCUGGAACUGAAGAGUAUGACUACCCUCUCUCUGAGAGGGGAGCCUCAGAUGAAGAUGAUGAGAAGAUAAACACCUCUGUUGAAGUGAAGCAAGUGUUGUACAAAUCUUCUGGGAUCCAGAGGGAUGAAUUGCAACCGGAUGCACUGGAGACAUUUAACCGUGGAGCUAUGGUGGGACUGCUGGUGAUUGCUGUAGCCAUCGCUAUGGUCAUGGUCAUCAGCCUUUUGCUAGUGCGCCGAAAGCCCUAUGGUACAAUCAGCCAUGGUAUUAUAGAGGUUGACCCCAUGCUCACCCCAGAGGAGAAGCAACUUGACAAGAUGCAAAACCAUGGCUACGAAAAUCCCACCUACAAAUUCUUUGAACAAAUUAACUGAUUACUACCCCCUAUUGGUCAGUUCCAGCGACGAUUUAGGAUCAAAACAACACACAGGAAAUGUUUUUUUUUAAUCUUCCAUUUAACUGUUUAUUUACGUUGUACCAAGCUGAGGGCAAACAAUAUGGGCAAACAGUUGUACCACUACUGAUAAUAAUAAUAAUAAUGAUUAGAAUAAUUACAAUAAUAAUAAUUAAAAUAAUAAUAAUAAUAAUUGUAAUAACAACAACUAUAAAUUGCAGUUAUGUAAAUGAGCAAAGACUGCUCUGAACAUCAACCCAGACGCAGAGUUCAAUAGAUGGAAUUUGUACCAUUUAUUAUUUGCAGAUAAAUCUGAUAUUGUUUGGCUUUUUAUCCUUCGAUUUAUAUAUACAGUAUGUAUAUAAGUUGGCUAGAAAUACGCAAGUUGUUACUGUAACCCCAAAACGUGUCUGAAAUUAUCCAACUGUGAGCCAACUAUCUACAAAGCAAGUUAGCAAACUGACUACCCUCCACUGCCGGCUAACAGCGGACAUGUCCAACCCUCUGAACAUCAGGAAAACUCACUGGCAAGAGUUAGCACAUGGAAGCAUGUAAACAUACAGUACUGUCUACUGUCAGUCCUUUGAACUGUUAACACUCAAGGCAGGGCAAGAAUUGUUGUUCAAGAUGCAUCAGCACAUGAUUUUGUGAUCAUAAGCGUGUCUGUAAUUUUGUGUCAUUCAACAAGGUCUGUAAACAACUGACAGGGUAUGAAUUAAACUAUUUGAUAAAGCAGCAAAAGGUUUUAAAAAGUUCGAAGCAUUAUUUGCAUUGUAUGUCUGCUGGGCUGAGAAGUAAAGCAAACAUUUCAUAUGAUAAGGACCUACAGGAAAGUUUAGCUGACAUACAGUGCCCUCCAAAAGUAU